AAAAAAUCUUCCUGUACUCUGUUGCGCGCGCGAUACCGGCAAGUGCUCCACUUGGCAAGCCAGCGAUGGAGGGACCCGACUUCCAUCAGAUCAACGCAAGCGCAUGGCUUCUCUGCAUCGUCAUCGUCAUCGCCUCCAGUUCUUCACACAUGGCGCCUUCUCUUUAACCCCCAAAUCCCUCUUUCUCCAAUUCUUCCGUUUCUCACUCCAGAUUCUUCUUUUCUAUGCUCACAAAACUCCCCCUCUCCUCUUCCCUCCACCGCUUCCUCCGCCGCCCCACCCCCUCCAAAAUCCCACCAAUUACACGCCCAUUUCCAUUCACCGACCGUUUCUGUACACCCAUGGCUGCACACUCCUCUCAUCCUGCUUCUACUUCUCACUCUCACAAGUAUUCCAAUCGCCUUGCCGCUGAGCACAGUCCUUAUCUUCUGCAGCACGCUCACAAUCCGGUCAAUUGGUAUCCAUGGGGAGAAGAAGCAUUUGUGGAAGCCCGGAAGAGAAACGUGCCUAUCUUCUUAUCUAUUGGAUACAGCACCUGCCAUUGGUGCCAUGUCAUGGAAGUUGAAUCUUUUGAGAACGAGGAGGUAGCCAAACUGUUGAAUGAUUGGUUUAUCAGUAUCAAGGUGGAUCGCGAGGAGCGGCCAGAUGUUGAUAAGGUUUACAUGACAUAUGUUCAGGCUCUUUAUAGUGGUGGGGGUUGGCCGCUCAGCGUCUUUCUUUCUCCUGAUUUGAAACCUUUGAUGGGUGGGACUUACUUUCCUCCCGAUGAUAAAUACGGACGACCUGGAUUUAAGACAGUGCUUAGAAAAGUGAAGGAUGCUUGGGAUGAUAAAAGGGAUGUUCUUGUCAAGAGUGGAACUUUUGCCAUUGAACAGCUUUCUGAGGCCUUGUCUGCUACUGCAAGUUCUAACAAACUGUCAACGGAACUUCCCCAAAAUGCACUACGUUUAUGUGCAGAACAACUUUCUCAAAGCUAUGAUCCAAAUUUUGGCGGGUUUGGUUCUGCUCCAAAAUUUCCGAGACCGGUCGAGGUUCAACUUAUGCUUUAUUAUAUCAAAAAAUUGGAGGAAUCUGGGAAGUCUGGUGAUUCAGAGGAACACCUGAAUAUGGUCAGUUUUGGUUUGAAGUGUAUGGCAAGAGGUGGUAUUCACGACCACGUUGGAGGUGGAUUUCACAGAUAUAGUGUGGAUGAGUGCUGGCAUGUUCCCCACUUCGAGAAGAUGCUUUACGAUCAAGGACAGAUUACAAAUGUCUAUCUAGAUGCUUUUUCCAUAACCAAGGAUGUCUUGUAUUCAUGUAUAUCUCGAGAUAUUCUUGAUUAUCUGAGGAGAGACAUGAUUGGACCCGAAGGCGAAAUAUUUUCUGCAGAGGACGCUGACAGUGCUGAAUCUGAAGGAGCUAUAAGAAAUAAGGAAGGGGCCUUCUAUGUGUGGACAAGUAAAGAGGUUGAUGACAUACUUGGUGAGCAUGCAGAUUUCUUCAAGGAGCACUACUACAUAAAGCCUUCAGGGAAUUGUGACCUUUCCAGAUUGAGUGAUCCUCAUGGUGAAUUUAAAGGAAAGAAUGUUCUUAUUGAGAUGACAAGUACAUCUGAGAUGGCAUCAAAACAUGGCAUACCUGUUGAAAAAUAUCUUGAGAUUUUGGGGGAAUGUAGGGAAAAGCUUUUUAAAGUACGAGAGAGUCGACCAAAGCCACACCUUGAUGAUAAGGUAAUUGUUUCAUGGAAUGGGCUGACAAUAUCAUCUUUUGCAAGAGCCUCUAAGAUUCUCAGGCAUGAAAAGGAGGGGACAAGAUUCUACUUCCCAGUUGUUGGCUGUGAUGUCAAAGAGUACUUUGAAGUUGCAGAAAAAGCUGCUCUUUUCAUUAGGACGAAGCUUUACAAUGAACAAACACAUCGGUUACAACAUAGUUUCAGGAACGGACCGUCCAAAGCACCUGGAUUUCUCGACGAUUAUGCGUUUUUAAUCGGAGGCUUGCUUGAUCUCUAUGAAUAUGGUGGUGGACUGAAUUGGCUAAUCUGGGCAAUUGAACUUCAAGCCACCCAGGAUGAGCUAUUUCUUGAUAGAGAGGGCGGAGGGUACUAUAAUACUGCAGGCGAAGACCCGUCUGUUCUUCUACGAGUGAAGGAAGAUCAUGAUGGGGCCGAGCCAUCUGGGAACUCAGUUUCAGCUAUCAAUCUUGUCAGGCUGUCCUCAAUGGUUUCUGGAAGUAGGUCUGAUCAUUACAGACAAAACGCUGAGCAUCUUCUGGCCGUUUUUGAGAAAAGAUUAAAGGACAUGGCCAUGGCUGUACCAUUGAUGUGUUGUGCAGCCAACAUGUUUUCAGUUCCAUCUCGAAAACAUGUCGUCUUGAUCGGCCAUAAGAAAUCGGCACAGUUUGAAACCAUGCUUGCUGCAGUCCAUGCUUCAUAUGAUCCCAACAGAACGGUUAUUCACGUUGAUCCUACUGACGAGACGGAAAUGCGAUUCUGGGAAGAAAACAACAGCAAUAUUGCUGCUAUGGCAAAGAACAACUUUGCUGCAGAUAAGGUGGUGGGUUUAGUCUGCCAAAACUUCACUUGCAAGGCCCCUGUAACUGACCCUGAAUCUCUGAAGGCCAUGCUUGCACAGAAACCUUCCUGAUUCUGUGGCUGAUUUUAGCAUUAUCCUAUGUUGUUAUUAUCAACAUCUUUUCUGGUAAGCUAAUGAAUAUGUUUUUCUGUGUACAUAAUUGAGGUUGUUUUUGUGGUGGAAAUCAUGUCUGGCAUCUCUAGUUUUGAUUACUCAAGAUGAGUUUAGGUUGGGAAGGGAAGGUAGAUUUGAUGGAGAUUUAUGUUUUGAGUUUAAAACUUUUGACCUUGUGGUCGAGAAUAAGUCUUAAAUAGUUGAGUUGUGCUAGGUUUCAUUGUAUUCUAGAGGAAAAAUCAAUCAAAUGUUGUAGGGCGGACUAUUCUACAUUAAUUUGUUUUGUUGUCAGUUGUC